CCCUGGGAACCACAACAAAUACACUUAGAUUUCCAUCAUCAUAUUCAUUGCGGUGAUUCAUGGGGUGACAAAUUGGUGCUUGCGACGGAUGCAGGAACAGUGGUGCUAGAAGAGGGUCUGCCGCCCAGGACAAUAUUUGACAGGACAGUGCUAGUCAAACAACUGACUAUUGUAGAAGCACAUGGUCUCCUUGUGCUGAGAAGUGAAAAAGGUAAAGACAGCAAGGUCCAUGUGUUUCGACUCCUAGAUUUUGAAGGUGAAUACAAUGAACAUACCGUUCGAACCAGGUUGGACUGCCGGGAUCACAGACUCGACAAAACCAAGGGUUGUCACCUCUACGCCUUAAGCAGACCUGGAACUAGCCAUCUCCGUAUGGUUGUAGCAGUUCAGAGACGUUUACUAUUGUUCACAUGGAAGCACUCCGCUGCUUGGUCUGCGUGGUGUCCGACGGUGGACUUCGAAAUCGCAGAUGGGUUCAGCUUUGUACGGGAACUUCACACGGAUGAGCCGCCACUAUUGGUCACACUGAUAGAUGGAAAUAAAGAAGACAACCAGAUAUGUGUGGGAUAUAAAAAUCAAUUCGACCUGAUAAAUGAAAAAAAUGGUGAUACCCUGCAGUUGUACCAUGUCGAAGCUAACAAGGUGAAACUGGUGUCUGCUCUGGAUAUCUAUGAAGAUGAAGAAGCAGAACUGCUACUGUGCUACAAUCAUGUUAGCCAUUUUCAAAAGUUGAGUGAGGAAACCUCGCAUGAUUUUGACUUUCAUUGGAACAGCGAACCGCAAGCUAUCGUUUGUGCCUUUCCUUAUGUCAUGGCGUUUACACAAGACACGAUAGAAAUUCGGCUGAUAAUCAACGGUAACUUGGUCCAUACUAUGGCAGUGGCUGACCUCAAGUUGUUAACGUCAAAAUCAGUGUCUCCUUCUACAUACGGUAAAUGUCGGACGAACUCACAGAGUAUCUUCAAGAUUCCGCUGUCGUGCCUUGCUGGGCAGAUGCACACGGACAAGUCGCCCCACGGAUCUCCGUCAUCACAAUGUGCUACUCUUUUGGCCCCUAUCAUCAAUAAUGGCGAUAAGUCUCCUCUACAGCCUAAACGGAGUCCCCUCGUCCGUACAAAAUGUGUUAGCACCAAUGACAAAGAGAAGGAUCGCCAUGACUCGUCAAGCUCCGAUUCCGGAAUAAAUAUACUCAAGCCAUCUGAAGGGGCAGGCAGUCCCCCACAAAGUCCCUACCAGAAGUGUCUAGGACAGAUAGACUUCACAAACCAAGAUGUGCUAUGAUAAUUCUUUGUAUCCAUGUAUUAGGUUAUAAAUAUGGGACAUUUAGGCUUAACGAACAUCUACUUACCACUACAGGUUCUAUGUAAUACGCGGUAGAGCUGCACGACUCGAUGUCUUACGUACUUUAAAUAUUACACAAUACAGCUUGGUGGCUCAAUGUGUUAGUCCAUACCAAAGUGCACUAUCGUUCUUUUUGAUAGCAGACUCCAGGUACUACAAAUGACGCAAAAUAUGGCUUAUAGUUUAAAGUAUUUAACUUUACAAUGGAUAUACGAAAUAGAUGCAUGGUUUAAUUGCAUAUAAGAUAUAAAGAAACAUGACAGAGGAACCCUUUUCUGGACCUUACUACACAAAAUACAUAUAUAUUCACAAUUAACGAAUUACUUUACUGCAAAGGAUACAUGAUAGACCUUCCCCGCCGGAACAGAAACCCAAUCUGCUGUUGUGGUUCAGAGUUCAAUCGACUGCAAAGGAUACCGCUCCAUCAUCAAUUAGUCAAUUAUGUUCGCACAGUACAUGCAAGAACCUGAUCACUAUAACCAUCCCAGCAAGAUUUCGGUGAUUCAAGGAACUAGUAUCUGCAUUAUUUAAAUCACAAAGCAUAACAAAUCGAGGAUCACCAAUGUGUACUGCAAUAUAGUUUAUAUUGUGAUAAAGUGAAUAUACACUAUUUAAUAUAUAUAAAUUACAAUUUUAUAUGGGAAGGAUAAUUCAGAAGUUGGUGAUAGAUCAGCAAGUGAAAGCACUACCUGUCCAGGGCCAAAGGACCGAGACAGGGUGCUAGCACUGGUUCAUCCAACACCUAAACAGUGGUUUGUCUUACUUAAAAAAACUUUACACAAUAUAUUAUGUACCCAUGGUGAGCACCAAAAAGGUUUGGAUAUUCUAUGAAGAGAACUAGAGCUUUCACCUGUAAACACAUUCACCCACGCACUUUUCCUGUUCCACUAUUCAUCUACACACACAUAAGCACAGUCAGAGGUGUUCCGAAUGAGAUGCUUAUUAAAAUAUAUUAAGAAAACCUUAGGUGUUUUGAUCAAUAUUUAUGACCAAUAAAUAGAU